AUGGGGGUGCGCGCCUGCCCCUCCACACCAGCAGUUCUGCUCCUCUGCCUGCCUCACACUGCACCUGACUCUCUUCUAGGAUGUCCUGCCCUGCCGCUUCUGCUUCUGCUUCUGCUGAGCUUGGUGCUGCUUCCUCCGGGUCUCCCAGUCCUGGGCGCCCCCGCUCGCCUCAUCUGUGAUAGCCGAGUCCUGGAGAGGUACAUUCUGGAGGCCAAGGAGGCUGAGAAUGUGACGAUGGGCUGUGCUGAAGACGGCAGCUUGAGCGAGAAUAUCACCGUCCCAGACACCAAAGUUAACUUCUACGUCUGGAAAAGGAUGGAGGUCAGUCAGCAGGCUGUGGAAGUCUGGCAGGGCCUGGCCCUGCUCUCAGAAGCCAUCCAACGGGGCCAGGCCCUGUUGGCCAACUCCUCCCAGCCAUCAGAAACCCUGCAGCUGCAUGUAGACAAAGCUGUCAGUGGCCUCCGGAGCCUCACCUCCUUGCUUCGGGCACUGGGAGCCCAGAAGGAAGCCAUGUCUCCUCCAGAUGCAGCCUCAGCUGCCCCACUCCGUACAUUUACUGUCGAUACGCUGUGUAAACUUUUCCGAAUCUACUCCAAUUUCCUCCGGGGAAAGCUGAAGCUGUACACGGGGGAGGCCUGCAGGAGAGGGGACAGGUGACCGGGUGCCUUCACCGGGCUUGCUCCCCACCUCGCUCACUACUACUGCCUGUGCCACGCCUCCUCCCACCACUCCCAACCCCCUUCGAGGAGCUAUCAGCUCAGCACCAGCGUAUCCCCUGGACACUCCAGUGCCAGCGGUGACAUGUCAGGGACCAGAGGAACUGUCCAGAGCUCACCUCUGAGAUCUAAGGAUGUCACAGGGCCAGCCUGAGGCCUUGGAGCAGGAGAAAUUCAGAGAUCAGCUUUAAACUCAGGGACAGAGCCAUGCUGAGGAGACACCGAGCUCACGUGGUUCCUGCAGAACUGUGAUGCCAGGAGAAGCUUUGGAGAAAAAGCCCUUUUUGCACCUACCAAGCAGGGGCAGGAGGGACUGGAGAACUUCAGUAGCAAGUUAUGAAUUCUUCAGGUCUCAUGGGGACUCCCAUGACAGCAAGAGGCCACUGCACAAUGGGGGCAGUGGGAGUUGUGAAGAUGGGAUGAAGGCUGCUCCUGACUCUCAUGGGGCCAAGUUUUGUGUAUUUUCAAUCUCACCAGUAAGACUGAAACCAC